AUGGAGCUCUUGGUGACAGAGUUGAAUGUGCUGUUGAAGCUGUUGGACCAUGAGACCCUGAGCUGCGCUACAGAAGAGAAGAAAACAGCCGUGAAGAACCUUCUUGGACAACUUCAGCCCUCUGGUAAAUAUCGAAAAUCAUUGUCUGAUAUCAUUGUUUGCCACAUUUUUUUGGACCAGAGCACAGCGGAUUCGCCUCCCCCCCUGCCCAACACACCACCUCCAGAGGAUUACUAUGAAGAAGCCGUUCCACUCAGCCCUGGAAAGAUGCCAGAAUAUAUCACCAGCCGCAGCAGCUCCAGUCCUCCUAAUUCCAUUGAAGAUGGAUAUUAUGAAGAUGCUGAGAACAAUUACCCAACAACUCAAGUGAACAGACAACGCAAAAACUCCUAUAAUGACUCGGAUGCCUUAAGCAGUUCUUAUGAGUCAUAUGAUGAGGAAGAGGAAGAGAAAGGCCAGCGUUUGACACACCAGUGGCCCUCAGAGGAGAACUCUAUGGCCCCGGUGAGAGACUGCCAUAUCUGUGCCUUCCUGCUGAGGAAAAAACGCUUCGGCCAGUGGGCCAAACAGCUCACAGUCAUCCGCGAGAACAGACUCCAGUGCUAUAAAAGCUCUAAAGACCAGUCGCCCUAUACUGACAUACCACUUAGUCUGUGCACCGUCAUCUACGUGCCCAAAGAUGGCCGGAGGAAGAAGCACGAGCUCCGAUUCUCUCUUCCCGGUGGAGAGGCGCUGGUGUUAGCCGUCCAGAGCAAGGAGCAGGCCGAGAAAUGGCUCCAAGUGGUGCGUGAUGUUACAGGUCAGGGGAAUGGGUUGGACAGCCCAUCUUCUCCCAUGAUUCCUAGGAAGAUUGAACUGGAUAAGUUGGUUAGGAAAAUAAUUCCACCUGUUACAUUGCUGUUGAAUCAGUGCUGGAAGGAACACUGGUGUCGUGUGCAGGCCGGAUCUCUGUACCUUUACCAUGAGAAAGGAGAACAGCGGGUCCCCCACACCACUGUGGCUCUGAAGGGAUGCGAGGUUGUCCCAGGCCUCGGGCCCAAGCACCCCUUCGCCCUGAGGAUACUGAAAGGAGGUGCAGAACUGGCAGCUUUAGAGGAAAAUGAGAGGUUGAUGGGAGGAGCACAAACAAAACGGCGUUCUUCUUUCUCCAGCAGUGACACAGGAAAGCCCAGUCCACAAAUCACUCUAAAACGCCACGGCUCCAACGCAAAUCAGUACGGGAGGUAUGGGAAAACGCGGGCACAGGAGGACGCACGCCAAUACUUGAAAGAAAAAGAAGACCUGGAAAAAGAAAUAGAUAGUAUCAGAAGUGCCCUAGUCUCACUGAGGAAAAAGAAACGAGAGGCCAAAGAGAAGAUGAAGGGUGCACCGGAUAAGCAGAAGUUGGCUUUAGAGGAGCGUGUAGCCCAGUUAGAGGACAGCUGUCGGGUGAAAGAGGGAGAGCGUGUGGACCUAGAGCUCAAGCUCACGCAGGUGAAGGAGAACGUGAAGAAAUCUUUGGCUGGUGGAGAACUGGGGGCACCUACAGAGUCUAAAACUACAAACAAGACUCAAAGGAUGGAGACUCAGUAUAUUGAGUCAUUUCUCCCAGUCAACUGCACCUCUGAAAUGCGUAAGCGGCCCCCCUCCAUCUAUGCAUCCGCGAAGGGAAACGUUAUGCAGAAAGCCAAGGAAUGGGAAUCUAAGAAGGGGACUUAAACUGCUGAUCAGGAAUGUCAAGGUUAACAUGAGGACUUUUCAACCACCUUUCUCUAACACAGACUGCUGUAUAUGCAUAUAUAUUGACUACGACGACUGCCACUUUUGUAACUUUAUAAUGGGGUUAGAAUGACAAAGCAGCCGCUCUAUUAUAAUACUUUGCAGUCAAAUGAUGAUGUCCUCUUCAAAUCUGGUGAAGUUCCAUGUUACAGGCACAAAAUAUUGAAGGAUUGAGAUGGUAUGAGGAAAUAAUAGUUUGUCCUUUGAACGUGCACAAAAGAGUUGUGGGUGGGAUGUAAAGAAAGAUGGGAAUGCAUGUGAGACAAUCCACUUUAAAAUAGUAUGUUGAGAGAGGCAUGAUUGGUGACAUUUGUACAAAGUGUUUUUUUACACUCCAUUGCUUGCACAGUACUUCUGGGGUAACUCCUGCUCUUAACCAAGUGGUGCUAAUAACGGUGUACAUACAAUGAUUGUAAAUAAUUUUAACAUUACUUUUUUAAUCUAGCCUCAAUGUAUUUUACUGAUACUUCGGUUUAUAACCUUUUGUUUUUUCACCUUUUAAUGUGAGUAACAUUUGCACUUUAAAAUGUCUUUAGACAUGGAG